AGCCAAUCGAAUAUUCUUCCUUCUAUGGUGUUAAAGCUCUGCGGAAAAGAGAGCAUUCUCUUUUGUUUGUUACAGACAAUGUCAAACACAACAUCUGAAACUGGUGAAACUAAACACUGUUCUGCACAAUAGAUGAGAUUUACAAUCCAGUUUUGUGUUGAUGAAGAGUAAACAGUAAAUGGAUCCUCUGCUGCAAGUUGAAGAUGGAACCUCUUGUAAAUCCAGACUAGUCGAGCAGAGGAAAUGCUCAAAGGAUUGGUUGAUUUAUCUUAAAGAUGGCAGUUCUGAACACAGAAGAAUGAAAUCUGACUCACCAGAGUCCAGCUGUGUGUCCAAGAUCAGUUAUGGGUCAAAGAAUAUAGAUCCUCCUUAUUUUGAUGGUUUCAUCAAGUCUGAACAAAGACCACACCAGCAGGAGAGACCAAACUCACCAGAGUGCAGUUGUGUUUCCAUGAGGAGUGAUGGGUCAGGAGAUCUUCCACUUGUUUGUGGCAUACAUUCAAAAGCCAGUGAUGCACUCAAAUUAUAUCUGAAGACAAAGUUUCACUGUUUGCAUGAGGGAACAGCACAUCACAAGAACCCAACACUCCUCAAUGAGAUCUACACUGAACUCUACAUCACAGAUGGUGGAAGUAAUUAUAAUGAGAUCCAACAGAUUGAAGCAUCAUGCAGGAGAGCAGGAACAGAGCACACAUCAAUAAAAUGCAAUGACAUCUUCAAACCCUUACCUGAACAAACUUUUACCCCAGAAAAAAACAUCAGAACUGUCCUGACAAAGGGUGAUGCUGGCAUCGGAAAAACAGUCUCUGUGCAAAAGUUUGUUCUGGACUGGGCUGAAGGGAAAGCAAAUCAAGACAUUCACUUGAUAUUUCCACUUCCUUUCAGAGAACUCAACUUGAUUAUGGAUCAAAAGCUCAGUCUUACAGAUCUUCUUCACAACAUUUUUACCGAAACAAAGGAAGUGGCCAUAUCUAAUGAUGAAUUAAAAUUUCUCUUCAUUUUCGAUGGUUUGGAUGAGUGUUGUCUGCCUCUGGAUUUUCAGAGUAAUGUGAGGUUGUGUGAUGUAAACAAAUCAGCUUCAGUGGACGUUUUGCUGACAAACCUCAUAAAUGGGAAUCUACUUCCUUCUGCUCUCAUCUGGAUCACCUCCAGACCAGCUGCAGCUGAUCGCUUCUCUUCUGAGUGUGUUGAUCGAGUGACAGAGGUACGAGGCUUCAAUGACCCACAGAAGGAUGAAUACUUCAGGAAGAGAAUUAGCGAUCAGAUCCUGGCUAAUGAAAUCAUCACACACCUGAAGUCAUCAAGGAGCCUCUACAUCAUGUGUCAUAUACCAGUGUUCUGCUGGAUUUCAUCCACUGUUCUAGAGAGAUUGUUGAGUGAAGCAGAGAGUGGAGAAAUCCCCAAAACUCUCACUCAAAUGUAUACACACUUUCUGAUUAUUCAAGCAAACUUUAAAAAUGAGAAAGACUAUGAUAACUCAGUGACAGAUGAAGACAUGAUCCUCAACCUGGGGAAACUGGCUUUUCAACAGCUUAUGAAAAGCAGCUUGGUCUUCUAUGAGGAAGAUCUGAGAGAGUGUGGUAUUGAUGUUACGGUAGCAUUAGUGUACUCUGGAUUGUGCACUCAGAUCUUCAUGGAGGAAUUUGGACUGUGUCAAAGGAAGGUGUACUGUUUUGUCCACCUGAGCAUUCAGGAACAUCUGGGGGCUCUAUAUGUUCAUCACUCCUUCACAAACCAUGGCAUGAAUGUGUUUCACCAAAUUACUGAACCAACUCAUGAAGUAACUAAUACACAGAUUUCAGUGUCAGACCUGCACAAGAGAGCUGUGGAUGAGGCCUUAAAGAGUAAAAAUGGACAUCUGGACCUUUUUCUUCGCUUCCUUCUGGGGUUCUCCCUGAAGUCCAAUCAGACUCUCUUGCAAUGCCUACUGACACAGACAGGAGAACAUUUAGAAAGCCGAGAGGAAAUAGUCAAGUACAUAAAGAAGCAGAUAGAGGAAUAUACCACCCCAGCUAAAUUUAUCAAUCUGUUCCGCUGUCUUAACGAUCUGGGGGACAACACACUGGAAGAACAAAUUCAACGUUAUCUGAAUGCUAGAGCUCUGACAACAGUGAAAUUCUCCCCCUUACAGUGGUCAGCUGUGGUGUUUGUUCUUCUGACUUCACAGAACUUGAAAAGGUUUGAGUUAAAGAAAUAUGCCUGGAAAACCAAAUGUCCACAAAUGGUGCAAGUUCUUCAGCAUCUACUACCAGUGGUUGAAGCAUCCACAUCAGCUCAACUUGAUCACUGUGAACUGACAGCAAAAAGCUGUGCCCCUCUAGCCAAAGCUCUCAGCUCUGAAUCUUCAUGUUUAAAGGAACUGAAUAUGAAUGGAAAUAAACUGCAGGAUGAAGGAGCAAAGCUGCUCUCUGAAGGAAUACAGAAUCCUCACUGUAAACUUGAAAUACUGAGGCUGGGGGAUAAUGGUAUCACAGAUGAAGGUUGUGCUGCUCUGGCUUCAGCUUUGAUCUCAAACCCCUCACAUCUAAAAAAACUGGUUUUGUCUAACAAUAAUAUAGGAAAUUCAGGAAUAAAGCUGCAUGAUGUGCUGGAGAAUCCUCACUGUAACCUGGAAAUACUGAAGUUAGAGAAUUGUUGUAUAAGUAAUGAGAGUUGUGCUGCUCUGGCUGCAGCUCUGAGUUCAAACCCCUUAUACAUGAAAUAUCUGAAUCUGUCUAGAAAUAAUCUAGGAGAUUCAGAAGUGAAUCUGCUCUUUGCUACACUGGCAAAUCCUCAAUGUAAACUGGAGAUUCUGAGGCUGAAAGAGUGUGGUCUUACAUAUGAAGGUUGUGCUGCUCUAGCUUUAGCUCUGAGAUCAAACACACACCUUAAAGAGCUGGAUUUGUCUUUAAAUAAACUUGGAGACACAGGACUUAAACUACUCUUUGAUCUACCCGAGAAUCCUGACUUCAGACUUGAAGCACUGUGGUUGAUUGGUUGUAAUGUGACAAGUGAAGGUUGUGCUGCUCUGGGUUCAGCUUUGAUCUCAAACUUCUCAUACUUAAAGGAACUGAAUCUCUCUGAAAACAAAGUUGGAGACUCUGGAGUGAAGUUGCUCUCUUUAGCGCUGGAGAAUCCUUACUGCAAACUGGAGGCCCUGGGGUUGAAUGAUUGUGAUGUCACAGAUGAAGGAUGUUCUGCUCUGACAUCUGCUCUGAAAUCAAAGUCUUCAUUCCUAAGAAAGCUGCAUCUGUGUGGGAAUAAACUUGAAGAUUCAGCACAGGAGCUCCAUGCCCUACGUACAGAUCCACAGUGGAAACUUGAAAAAGUCAAUUUAAACUCAAUUAAAGGUGGAUCAUUUUCUCAAAGCUUUGAUCCAGAAGAGAGACCACAGUGAUCCUCCUACCAUGACUUAAAAAAUAUUUCAUGUAUUUUUAUAUCACUGCUAUUAAAACAAGCCCAAUGACCAAAUAUUUGCAUUAAGCACAAAAUGUAAAUGACACUUAAUAUAGGCCUGUAGGAAAAAUUUCACUUUAUGUGUGUUGAUGUAAGUAAUGUUGGAUAACUAAGAAGUUGAGUCUGUUCUUAUGAAAAAGAACCAAAUUGCAUCCCAUUGCUAUGCAGACAACACCCAGAUCUAUCUAACCCUAUAUAUCACCAAAUGACUACAGCCCCAUAGAGGUCAUUGUAUUUGGCAACAAAGGAAAAAGCCAAAGUUGAAUACAUACCUUGACUCCAAGGGUCUAAAUACAAAAAAUCAUGUAAGGAAUCAUGGUGUAAUUUUGGAAUCAGAAUUUAGUUUCUGUAGUUACAUCAAAGCUACAACUAAAUCAGCCUACUAUCAUCUAAAAAAUAUAGCCUGAAUAUAGAUGUCUUGUAUCCAGUCAAGACUUGUUAAUGCAGUUAUCACCAGUAGGACCCCACUCACCCAGCCCACUACCUUUUUGAACUGUUGCCUUCUGGCAGGUACUACAGAUCACUUAGCAUCAGAACCAUCAGGCGCAGGAACAGUUUUUUCCCUCAGGCCAGGGCUGUUUCUAGGCAUAGGCGAACUAGGCGUUUGUCCAGGGUGCCACCUGCUUGGGGGCAGCAAUAGGGAUCUCGCCUAGGGAGCCAGAAUGGUCUGAAAUGACCCUUACACAGCAUAGUCUUAGUCUAUUUACAUUUUUCCUCUGCUAUUACAUUACCUUGCUUCUGUUUAUAACAUAUUUGUAUUUGUAUAUACGUGUAUUUAUUUUAUAUAUAUAUAUAUAUAUAUAUAUAUAUAUAUAUAUAUAUAUUGUCCUAUUGUGUAUUUCUAUAUAUACUUUAUUUUCUAUUCACUUUUUAUUUUUAUUCAAUUAUUUUAUUAGUAUCUCUGUCUUGUUGCUGUAUUGUUUGUGCACUGGAAGCUUCUGUCACCAAGACAAAUUCCUUGUGUGUGUAAGCAUACUUGGCAAUAAAGCUCAUUCUGAUUCUAUUAUGGCAGCUUACAGAAGUGGUCAGAUGUGCUCUAACAGUAGUGACAUUCAAAUUCAGACUGAAAAUACAUCUGUUUAACUGUGCAUUUACUGACUGCUCACUGUGCUGGACUCACAGAUUGCAUUGCAUCAUUUUAUUUCUGUAUACUUUUUCUUUUGUAUUAAUUUGAAUAAUUUAAAAAAUUAUUAAAAUAUAACUUUUUAUUACUCCUUAAUUGGUUUUAAAAUUUUAUUUUAUCUUGUAUUUUCAUUAUCAUUUAUAUGCAAAGCACUUUGAGUUACCAUUGUGUAUGAAAUAUUGUAUAUAAAUAAACUUGCUUUGCCCAUUACAGUAAAUAUCAAUUGCAUCUUACCACUUUGUCUUUUCACAUUAUU